AUUUGGCUGAUGUGGGGUCUACUCAUGAAAUUGUGGGUAGUCCUCACCUCAAACUUCAAUAAAUGACAAUUUUAGUGUUUAUUCUACUCUAUCAAAAUGCAAUUUAUUUAAAAAUUCAAAAUCGUCCAGCCAGUAAUCGAUAUUUGCAAAUUAUCGAUUUACAUAACUGUGUGAACCUGGUCUUUCAAUGUUUUGGAUGCAUUCCAUGUGUUAGAACAUUUUAUUGGAAAAAAAGCAAACCAAUGAAAAAAUUUAAAACCUGAGCUAAUAACUUCAGUACUGUAGAAUGGAAUGCUUUUGCACUGGUCAAAAAUUCAGCAAGAAACCGAUAAUAAAAAUCGAAAGCGUUAGAAGCUCAUUUUUGCAACAAAAUAGAAAUAAUUGAAAAAGCCAAGUCCUGUUGCUAAAUUGCUGGGACUUGGGCUAUACAGGUAUACAGGUAAUUUGAAAUAUUUGAGCAUGGAAAGCGUGGAAACAAUUGAUAUUGCCCGACUGGAAGAGGCAGUAGUUGUCUUUUACCAAUCCAACUCGCAGGACCAGGCAAUUACACACGAAUGGUUGACGAAGGCCGAGGCCAGCCCACAGGCUUGGCAGUUCGCCUGGCAGCUCAUGCAACUGGGCAAAAGUCAGGAAGUGCAAUUUUUUGGCGCAAUAACAUUGCACUCCAAACUGAUGAAAUAUUGGCACGAAGUACCUGCCGAAAAUCGUGAAGAGUUAAAACAAAAAAUUUUGGAGACAAUUGUGCAAUUCGCCGCAGGCCCCAAAUUAGUGCUCAAUCGCCUCUGUCUAUCGUUGAGUGCUUAUAUUGUGCACAUGCUCGAAGAUUGGCCCUGCGCCAUUGAAGAAGUGAUCGAGACGUUCCAAAGUCAACGUAUACCGAAUGUUAGCGCCGAGGCUCAGCUGUGGAUUAUGUUGGAAGUGCUGUUGGGUAUCCCGGAGGAGGCGCAGGUGAUUCACACCUCCGUUAAGAGGGUUACGUUGCGCGGCGAGAUUGGAAAGCGUGUACCGCUCGUGCUGCAGACGAUUGAAACCUUUUUGAAGCAACAAAUGGGGACUGAAUGGGACACCGAAGGUUACAGCAAUAUGACGCGGGCAGUGAAGUGCGUCAAUGUGUGGAUUAGAAAUAUUGGCUACUCGAUUGAAGCUUGCGUCAGCAUCUGUGUAGUAUUGUUGGAGAUAGUAAACAAGUGUUACUGGCCGUGCAUUCGUUCGGGAGUUGGUUGCAUGUCCGCAGAUGAAAAUGAGCUCGCGGAGACUUGUCUCACUGCAAUGGUCAGCAUUAUAGUUCAACCCGAUUGUCACAACUAUCCGAAGACGGCAGCGGUGCUGAUCAAGAUGUUUUUAGAUUCAUUGUGCGAUAUUACACAAGUAGAAUGGAAGCGUGAUAAUGACAAUGAAGACAUCAUUGUGCAUAUCUAUAUGCUGUUUGUGACCGCUGUAGAGCGACAUUCGGGAUUAUUCUUGAGCGGCAUUACGGCCACAGAUCCAGAGCUAUCUGCAAUAUGGAGUCGCAUGGUACAUGAGAUAUUGCAAUGCACAGACAAGCCGGGUAUUUACCCCGUUGAAGAAUCAUGCAGCACCAUGGCUUUGGCAUUUUGGUAUAUGCUGCAGGGCGAUGUCUUUGCCAUGCCCGAUGAGCAGAAGCGCAAAUGUUGGGAGCAUAUAAAACCACUAUACGCGCAUUUGACCACCGUGCUCGUUCGUAAAUCCGAGCAACCCGACGAGAGUUCCAUUGAUAAAUGGAACUCGGAUGAUCUAGAAUGUUUUCGCUGUUAUCGCCAGGAUAUAUCCGACACUUUUAUGUAUUGCUAUGAUGUAUUGGACGACUAUAUAUUAGAGAUAUUAGCCGCUAUGUUAGACGAGGCCAUUGUCGAGCUUCAGGCUCAUCCCACACACUGGACUAAGCUGGAGGCGUGCAUAUAUUCGUUUCAAUCGGUGGCCGAACACUUCGGUGGUGAGGAAUCUCGCCAGAUACCCAAGUUAAUGCGUGUGCUCUCAGAGAUACCGUAUGAGAAACUUAACGAGAAACUAUUGGGCACUGCACUCGAGACAAUUGGAUCUUAUUGCUCUUGGUUAAUGGAUAAUCCCACUUAUAUACCACCAGCCAUUGAUCUGCUGGUGCGCGGUCUCAAUUCUACUAUGUCGGCACAGGCUACGCUCGGUCUCAAGGAGCUGUGUCGCGAUUGCCAAAUGCAAUUGAAGCCGUUUGCUGAGCCACUGCUCGAUGCUUGUCAAGCAACGCUUGUAACGGGUCGCAUGAAGAAUUCGGAUUCAGUGCGUUUAAUGUUUAGCAUUGGGAAAUUAAUGAGUUUGUUACCACCGGAGCAGAUUCCCAAAUAUCUGGAUAUCAUAGUCAGUCCCUGCUUUGAGGAACUGCAGACCAUUUGUCAGGCAGGCAGCACAACUCCAGCAGCGCGCAUACGUACAAUCUUUCGCCUCAACAUGAUAUCCACACUAUUUUCGUCACUUAACACUGAUCUGGAUGAUGAACUCAAAGAUGUACACAAUGUGCAGCCGGUACUGUUGGUUAUGCAAAAAACAAUGCCAAUAUUUCGACGCAUUGCCGAAGUGUGGGUGGAGGAAAUAGAUGUGCUAGAGGCUGCUUGUAGCGCUUUGAAACAUGCCAUUGUUAAUUUGAGAAGCAGCUUCAAGCCCAUGUUGCAGGAUUUGUGCUAUUUCAUUGUUGCAAGCUUUCAAACACGCUGCUGUGCACCCACGCUGGAGAUAUCUAAAACGGCCAUUAUCAUUUUUUUCUGGGAGGAGAACUGCAAGCCGAUGAUGCAACAGCUGUUGCUGGAGUUUGUGCAGCAUAGUUUCAAACUCUUUGAGAAUACGCCCCAGCAAAACUUUUCAAAUAUAUCUGAUACCAUGGAAAUGUUUUUCGCCUGCCUGACCCAAAUUGUUAAAAAGGUACCACAGGUUCUGGAGGACAAAACUAUCGCGUACGAUCGGCUAAUUUACUAUGCACAGCGUGCCAUGUUAUUGCCAGAGAAUGGGCCCAUCCGAGCUAGUACACAAUUUGUAACUCAAUUCGUAAUGCAAUCCAGGAAUCAUGCACACAUGACCGACGUAAUGCUGGCCUCCGGGGAGCAGAUUAUUCAAACUGCGAUGAUCUGUGUGGGCUACAUGACACCGCGACAACAGGUUGAAAAAUUUGCUGAUGUAUUUCUGUCCAUUAACAAAAAGUAUCCAGCCGAACUGGCCGUCUGGCUAAAGAAUGUUAUGUCCGUACCCAAUUUUCCCACUGAGCUCAUUAGCGAGGCUGAGAAGUCACGUUACGUAACACUUAUUAUCAAAAUAAAAGUCAACAAACGAUUGCUGCAGCAACAUCUUGGGGAGUUGGCCGUUAAGACGCGCGGACUUGUCCCACUUCAAUCCCCAGUUAAUUGAAAACCCUGUUUCUGGAACCCGUGGCCAAAACUCUUAUAUUUUAUUUUUCUAUUUAGUUGUUAAUUGUAAUUAAGACGCUCUGUAAAUGUUCCUUGCUAUUAAGUUGUUUUUUUUAUAGGUGUCAAAUAUUUAGCUCGAAAAUGCGAGAGUAGUCUAAAAAAAUCCGGUAUAACAA